AUGGCAGAGAUUGACAGGAAAGUAAUGAUUACUCGUUUCAACACUGCCUACUAUUUAGCCACUUCAGAAAGACCCUAUAGCGAUAGUGAGGGCAUCAUUACGUUAAACGAAAUGAACGGAAUGAUUCGCAGUUCCAAAUUCCGAAACGAGCGUGCUAUGGCAAACAUCACUGAUUCAAUUGCUGACAAACUCAAGCAGAAGCUGAUGUCUGAAUUGAAGAAAACACGCUAUUUUUCUUUGUUGACCGACGGCAGCACUGACAAAGGCGUUUCUGAACAGGAAGUUUGUAUCCCUCAAAUGAGGUUUUUAGCAAUUGAAUCACCUACAUCAACAAGUGCAGAUGGCCUUAAGAAGAUGAUACAGGAUUGCUUUUCCCGGUUUCACAUGAACAAUUUCCCAAGACAACUGGCAGCGCUAAACGUGGAUGGAGCUUCGGUAAAUUUGGGUAGCAUAAACGGACUUGCAGCCAAACUUCGCAAAGACUCACCAUGGCUGCUUACUAUUCAUUGCUUCAAUCAUCGCCUUGAACUGGCUGUUAAAGACGCAUUUAAAGGAACAGAAUUUGACGAAGUGGAUGAGCUCCUGACUAAAUUGUAUUACUUGUACCAAAAGUCGGCAAAGCGCUAUCGCGAAUUGAAGGGAUUCAGCGAGAUUUUCGAAAGAGCAUAG